ACCACACAUACACUCGAAUUCGUGUUCUGAGUUAUUAAACCUUUACACGCCGUUUAUUUAGAGAGAGACGACGAUGAUAUGGACUUUUCAACCUCACAUGUUUGAAUCACAGUGAUAAGAAAAGAGUGUGUUUUUCCAGGAGGGAUCAUCAGGACUUUCUUAACCUUUGCCCUGCAUCACGUUUAUUGGCUCCUGAACGAAGUUUUUCCGGGGUGCGUUUGGACUCGAGCGCGCAGAGCGCAACUGAUUUCAUGCGUCCGUGUUGUUAUUCAUUCAUUCUGGAGCUGAUUUCAGGGAUACAACAUGUGCGAAAAGAGCGACAAUUCCUUUGGAAAGGACGAAGUGCUUCCCAGAAGCUCCGAUCCGAACUCCGAUCACACUGAACCCGCCACCCGUGUGUACCGGAGGAGAUGGCUCAUAGUGUUCCUCUUCAGUUCUUACUCUCUGUGCAACGCUUUCCAGUGGAUCCAGUAUGGAAUCAUCAACAACAUCUUUAUGAAGUUUUACAACGUUUCUUCAUUCGCCAUCGACUGGCUGUCCAUGAUCUACAUGUUGACUUACAUUCCCUUCAUCUUUCCAGUGACAUGGUUGUUGGAGAGGAAGGGGCUGCGCGUGGUCGCACUGGUGGCCGCAGCCAUCAACUGCGCGGGGACGUGGAUUAAAGUGGCCAGUGUUCAGCCCACUCUGUUCUGGGUCACUAUGCUCGGACAGUUCGCCAGUUCGUUCGCUCAGGUGUUUAUUCUGGGAAUGCCGUCUCACAUCGCGUCUGUGUGGUUCGGUUCGGAUGAGGUGUCCACCGGCUGCGCCAUCGGUGUGUUUGGAAACCAGCUGGGCGUUGCAAUUGGAUUUCUGGUGCCGCCGGUCCUGGUGCCAAACGUGGACGACAUGAAUGAGCUGUCACAUCACAUCAGCAUCAUGUUCUACAUCACCGCCGCUGUGGCCACCCUCAUCUUUGUGCUGGUUGUGUUCGCGUUCGAGGAUAAACCGAAAGUUCCUCCAUCACAGUCUCAGGCAGCGCUCAGAAACAUGCCUGCGGGUCAGUCCUCAUAUCUGGAUUCUAUUCGGAGACUUCUGUGUAACAGAGCCUUCAUCAUUCUCCUCAUCAGCUACGGACUGAAUGUGGGCUGUUUCUAUGCUGUUUCCACCCUGUUGAACCGGAUGAUAAUUGAACAUUACCCAGGUGAAGAGGUGAAUGCUGGGAGAAUUGGUUUGACUCUUGUCAUCGCCGGUAUGGUCGGAUCUCUCAUCUGUGGAAUCUGGUUAGACAAGACCAAAACUUACAAGCAGACGACGCUCUCUGUUUAUCUGCUGACGUUUGUGGGGAUGGUCAUCUACUCGUUCACCCUAAACUUAGGCCAUCUUUGGGUUGUGUUCCUCACAUCAGGAGUGCUGGGGUUCUUCAUGACGGGUUAUCUGCCGCUGGGUUUUGAGUUUGCAGUGGAGCUCACGUAUCCAGAGUCUGAGGGAACAUCAUCAGGACUGCUCAACUGCUCAGCACAGAUAUUUGGAAUCAUGUUCACCAUCAUUCAAGGCAAAAUCAUUGAUAACUUCGGCACACUAGCCGGCAACAUCUUCCUCUGUGUGUUCCUCUUCAUCGGCUCCAUCAUGACAGCGUUUAUAAAAUCUGACCUAAGACGACAAAAGGCCAACAAUCAAUCUGAGACGGAGACAAAUCCAAACACAGGCACUUGGUCUUCAGUGCAGCGUUACGGGUCUACAGUGUCAUACAGUGUCUUCCAGGACGAGUCGUCUCAUUAACCAUCCAUCAGUUCAUGACAGCACUCCAGAAAUCAAACAUACAUGUUGAGGACGGAAGAGCGACUGUGGUGAAGGAGGUGAAGAUGUAACUGGACUUCAAUGACACAUCAAAGAUCAAGCUCUUUCAAGACUUUCAGUAGAGAAGCUUUUUCUCAACAAGAAAACAUCUGUGAAUGAAACAAUCGUGAAGUUUUAGGUCCACAAGAAUUCCCAAAGGGAAACAUAUGUGACGUUUGCUAGCUUUAUAGAGAUCUGCUUUCCCACAUUUGCUGUUAUUAUUUGAUAUACUUACUAUUUAAGUAUUUAUUGUAUUGAAACACUCUUUGUGUUUCGAUAUUUAUAGCAUUAUUAAGAAAAAAAUACUUUUACAAAGAAUGUAAUUUAAUAAUGAUAAGUCACUCAUUAUCUCUGAGUUAUGUGUAUGAUCUGUGUAUCAAACAAGUAGUUUGAAAGGAUGGGAUGGUUGUGAGAAGAUUUUUACAGGAGAUGUGUACGCGGGUGAUCAUCGAUGCUGGACAUCCGUUAUGAUCAUGGAAGAUCAAUGGUUUUAAACAACACGCUGAAAUCUUCUGAGAAACGGACAAUUGGAUGGCAGUUCUGACAGGAAGACUCAGUGUUACAUCAUUAAUUGAUUUUACUCACCCAGUCAAAAUGCAGAAUAACAUUUUAAUUGGUGUCUGAUUAGAUUAUAAACAUAUUGUACAUUAUUUGAUAAAUAUUGGUAUAUAACCAAGUUUAAGAAGUUAAA